AUGAUUUUCCAUGCUCCAUCGUCGCAUGCUCUCCUCACCUACACUCGCUUAUCAAUCCCUGCGGUUGCUGCUGCUGUGGCUGUCUCGGCAGCGUAUCUUCUGGCUGUUACCGGUACAUCUGCUAUAGUUAUUCCGCUUCUUAUGGAACAUGGUGGUCUUCUAGGCUAG